UUGUUUUCUGUAGCCUUCCUGCUACGGGGUCCUGCUGGUCCUCUGGUAGCCCAGCUGGGAGGUUCUGUUCUUCUGCCCUGUUCUGCUGAAACCCCCUUGCCUCUGGAGGAACUGGAGGUGGAGUGGAGAAGGACAGAUUCAGAAGCACUGGUGCACCUGUUCCAAGAGGGGGAAGUUCGACCAGAAUCACAGAGUUAUGACUAUAGUGGCAGGGCCCAUUUUCUCACAGAGGGGUUUGCUGCAGGAAAUUACUCUCUGCUGCUCACUAAUGUGACCCGUGCGGAUGGUGGACUUUACAUUUGUAAAGUGUUUACAAAUCUGGACUCAAACGAAAUCACAGCUGAAAUCAAAGAUAUUGGUGAGACCCUGACUGUUUUUUUAAAGGCAAUAUUGUCUUUGUCUCUUGGUGUGUCAGAGCGCCUUGUAGUUAUUGGGACAGGUGUGGCCUCUGCCUUUGUUGGUGAUGAGGUCACUCUGGACUGCUCUGUGGACUCCCAUAUCCCUCCUGGGGAACUGGAGAACGUCACCUGGAAGAAGAAAGACCAGGAGAUGCUAGUGCUAGUUUUCAGAUAUGAUCAGAUCGUGCCAGUCUCUGCACAUGAACUUUAUCGAGACAGAGCGGACCUCUUCACUGCUGAAAUCCCCAAAGGAAACUUCUCCCUGAGACUCAAACACGUUAGGCCUGAGGACAAAGGAGAAUAUAUCUGUGAAGCCCACAGUGGUCAUCUGUCAGCCAACACCAUUAUUGCCCUGCAGGGACUGGGUAAGACGACAGACUACUAG